AGUCCACAAACUUCAAACUAGUUAACUUCCCAGUUCACUAACGAUUAAAAGCAGCUUUGACUAAACUUCUACCCUUUCUCCGUUAUCCAACUCCCCGACCUCCGUCGCUCUCAAACUCAAAUCUACAGGAGCGCUCCUUGAGAUUUGGGGCGCCCCCAAAAUACCCAAAUAAAGUUGUUAGCCAAUACUCUCCCCGUAUGCAAGCAACAAUCUUGUAUCCUCAGUAUUACCCAGUCUCCACUUCGUCCGUUUGUGGCUUCUCCGGUUCCAGCUUGCGCUCAGUUUGUGCAGACUUGAUGAUAGAAAGCAGCCUGUUAUCGAUGUGCGUGCAGUAUGUUCGAUGAUUUGCCUCGAUGGGUUUCUUUAAUGUCAACUCCGGAGGUUUGUUUACUAGUUGGAUUGGUAGAAUUUUCAAGCAGAAUCCCUUGCUGGUUGGAUGCAUUGUUCAAAGAGGAUUUCUUUGAUCCUUGUUUAAUUCAUCUAGGAAUCAAGCAGAAUGACAAGAAUAUAUUUUGCAUAGAUUGUUGUUUGAGCUUCUGCAACAAUUGUUGUCCUAGCCAUUUUGGUCACCGAGUUCUCCAAAUCCGUAAGUACAAUGACCACAGAGUUGUAAGAGCAGAAGACAUGUGCAAACUGAUCAAUUGUUCUUUCAUCCAGUCAUAUAUGCUGAAUAGAGCACAGGUAGUGUUUGUGAAAGCGAGAUCUCCAAGCAAAAAGAAAGAGAAAACACAAAGCCAAGAACAACCUAACAAGAAAAAAGCAAGAGAAACGAAACCGCAUUUCCAAAACUGUGACAAGACAUGCUCUUCCUGCCCGCGUUCUCUUAAAGAAGAAUUCGAGUAUUGUUCCGUCAGUUGCAUGGUGAAAAAGGUGCUGAAAACUGAGGGGAGCAUUUCGAAAUACCUUCGCCGCUUCCUGCCACUUCCACUGAACUUUGAAGAGACUGAUGAGGAACUAAGUCUUAUUGACCUUGUCCUUAGAGAUGCAACCGCAUGUGGCUCCACGAUUUAUGGUAAUCGACGCGGUGACAGCAAAAGAAAGAAAAAGAACAAUGAAGAGGCCCCUCCUUGUGCCCUAAUCAGUUUGCACAGAAGGAAAGGUGUUCCUAGGCGAGCACCUCUUUACUGAAUGCAAGGGUUUUGGGUUUUCACUUCCUAGAAAUUCUGCGAACUGCAGAAGAAUGCAUUUAAGUGGGAGAUAGUUAUCAGGAGGGUUUCAAGUGUUGUUUACCUUUGAACAUGGACUUAUAAAGAACAUGAGCUUGAACAUUGUACAAGUUCUGAAGUUGGUAUCUAAACAGUUUUAUUUUCAAA